CGAAGAUUCUCGUUUCAUUUUUCAUUUAUUGAAGAAGAGUUGGUGAUACUACAGGAACUAAGGAGGAGGUUUGGUAUGUCUUGUAGUGAACCUGUCGGUUUGGUCACAAUUCUUCUCUUGUAUGCUUUAUUAUCACCGAACAAUACAUGUGUGAAAGCGGUGAAAAAUUCGGAUAAGACGAAAAAACAGUGGUUAGCAGAAAGGAAUCUGUUUCUGGAUAUCGACAAUGCCCGUUCAGAUACCAUUGACAAUAUCACUGAUGCUUUCCUCAGCAUCACAAACAGAUUGGUGAAAGCCGGUCGUUUGAUGAUUGAAACUAAACGUCGCAUGAUCAUGUUCAUCGAUGAAGUUGGCGAGAUGAGCUAUGAUUCCAAGUGGGCUGUCUUGGGCUGGUUUGCUGCUAUGUUUCUUUUUCCCAUCGUUACGGCUGUAAUCGUAGCCAUAAUCAUUGCUCUGUUCUUCCAAAAUGAACUCACCAAUUUGCAAAUUUUCUUGCAUACUCGUUGGGAUACGGGUGAUCAACCGGAUAUUAUCACUGAAUGCAAGGCAAAGCAACGUUUGGGUAAUUUAGCCAUGCAACGUUUGUAUCUUAAAAUGAGUCGACAUCCGGAUAAAUUCCUCCCCAAGCAGGCAAAACGUAAUCCAGAGGCGUUGAUCCGUGAAAAGGCUGAACUAACAUAA